AUGGCGUUCGACGUCGUUUCCGCCAGCGCUGACAGCGGUGCCCUCCAACUGGGGUCUUUGCUCUUUGCCGGUUUUGUCAUCAUCGUCUCCGUUUUCAGCUACUAUGCAAAGGAAGAGCGGCCAUACCCCGGAUUCAAGCUCAUCGGGAAGGAACCGGGCGAGUGGACGAAUGCGAAGGCCAAAGCACGUUAUUUCCAGAGUGCUGUCCAGAUCUUGAGGCGGGGCAUGGACGAGUGCCAGGGGAAAGUGUUCCAGGUCAUCGGCAACAACGGACCUAUCAUCAUCAUUCCCCCGUCCUUUGCGGACGAGAUUCGGAACAACGAGAACCUCUCAUUGACCGGCUUCGGCGAAAGGAACUUCUUCCCCUCCUACCCCGGUCUUGAGGUCUUCGGCCACGGAAUCGGCGAGGAUCACAUCUUCCAAGACGUCGUCCGCAAAAACCUCACCCAAGCGCUUGGCGGCAUGACGGCCAGCCUCUCCGAGGAAGCCACCAAAGUGAUCAGUCAACUCAUCCCGCCCGCAAAAGACUGGACACCCACGCGCUUCGCCCACGCCUCGCCCAUGCUCGCCGCGCGCCUCUCGGCCAAGGUGUUCCUGGGCGAGCCGCUGUGCCGCGACGAGGAAUGGCUGGCCAUCUCGCUGCGGUACGCGGCCGACGCGUUCGCGGCGGCGCGGCGGCUGCGCGCCUUCGCGCCGUGGAUGCGGCCGCUGGUGCACCCGUUCCUGCGCGAGCUGCGCGUGGCGCGCGAGCACGUGGCGCGGGCGCGGCGCAUCAUCGAGCCCGAGGUGGCGGCGAGGCGGGAGGAGAGGAGGAGGAUUGUUGCUGACCAGGCGGCGUCGGGGGGAAAGGAGGCGGGGUUGGCAUUGCCGAAGAGCACGGAUGCGAUCGGGUGGUUUGAGGACGUCGCGGCGGGGAGGCCGUUCGAUGUCGUCUACGCGCAGCUGCUGCUGUCGGUCGUGGCCAUCCACACGACGUCGCUGACCAUCACGACGCUGCUGUACGACCUGGCGGCGAACCCGGAGUACGUCGGGCUGCUGCGGGAGGAGAUUGUGGGGGUGUUGAGGGAGGAUGGCGGGUGGAAGAAGACGAGUCUGUACAAGAUGAAGCUGUUGGACAGCUGCAUGAAGGAGAGCCAGCGGGUGCAUGUUCUGACGGCGAACGCGAUGACGCGGCGCGUGGAGAAGGCUGUUACGCUCUCGGACGGCACCAGGCUGCCCAAGGGCUCGCACAUCGCCAUGCCGACGUACCAGAUGUACGAUCCCGCGCACUGGGGCCCCGACGCGGGCAAGUUCGACGGACACCGCUUCCUGAAUAUGCGCAACCAGCCGGGGCAGGAGAACCGCUGGCAGUAUGUGACUACGAGCGCGGAGCAUCUCGGCUUCGGUCACGGUCAACAUGCUUGCCCUGGCCGUUUUUUCGUCAGCAACGAGAUCAAGAUUGCCAUUGCGCACUUGCUGCUGAAGUACGAUUGGAAGUUCGAGGGUGAGCAGCCGAAGAGCUUGACCGAGUCCGAGUAUGUUCCCGAUCCAAGCGCGGAGAUUUUGUACAAGUCGAGAGAGCCGGAGAUCGAGCUUUGA